AUGGAAGGAGACCCAGUUGCAUUGUAUGGAGAUGGAAGACGCCUCGACGUAAACAGCGAAGUUUUCAAGGCUCAUGCAAAGAGCUUGGUGGAUUCUCAUGACCAACUUCUACAGAGUGCUCUGGAGACUGGAAGCUACAGCAAGCUUUACAGCUUUAAACACAUUUUAAAUGGCUUUGCUGUCCAUACCACCCCUUCCCAGGCAGAAAAGCUCAAAGAAGCUCCAAGAGUGAAGUUGGUUGAGAGAGACAGAGGAGCUAAGUUGAUGACAACAUACACCCCUCAAUUCCUAGGAUUACCCCAAGGAGUAUGGACACAAGGAGGAGGAGAUGAUCACAACGCGGGUGAAGGAAUUGUGAUUGGUUUUGUGGAUACAGGCAUUAACCCCACACACCCGAGUUUUGCUUAUGAUCCUCUAAACCCUUUCACCUCCAAUAUUUCUCAUUUUUCGGGUGCUUGCAAAACGGGUCCUCAAUUUCCAGCAAGUUCAUGCAAUGGAAAAAUAGUUUCAGCAAAGUUCUUCUCUGCUGGGGCUCAAGCUGUUGCCACACUUAACUCAACAGUGGAUUUUCUUUCACCCUUUGAUGCAGUCGGUCAUGGCAGUCAUGUGGCAUCAAUUGCCGCUGGAAAUGCUGGAGUUCCGGUGGUUGUGAAUGGCUUCUACUAUGGACGAGCCAGUGGGAUGGCACCACGUGCACGAAUUGCUGUAUAUAAAGCUGUGUAUCCUACGGUUGGAACUUUAACGGAUGUGGUUUCAGCAAUAGAUCAAGCAGUUCUAGAUGGAGUGGACAUCCUAACACUCUCUGUAGGACCAGAUGAACCUCCAGAAGACACGGCGACCUUCUUAAGCACGUUUGAUAUUGCCAUGUUAUUUGGUCGACGAGCUGGGAUUUUUGUGGUGCAAGCAGCAGGAAAUCAAGGGCCAGCUCCUUCAAGCGUAGUGUCUUAUAGCCCUUGGGCUGUGGGUGUAGCUUCAUCCAGCACAGAUAGAACUUAUCCUGGUUCUGUUCUUCUUGGAAAUGGCACGAAGAUUGAAGGUGUGGGAUUAUCAGGACCAACUUUUGGAUAUGGUUUACUUCUGCAUAAGUUGGUUUUGGCUAAGGAUGUACUUAAGGCAAGUGGGUCAUUCCCAAGAACUCCACCAUAUGUUGAAGAGUGUCAAUAUCCAGAAGCAUUGGACCCCAACGUGGUGCAAGGUAGUGUUGUGAUCUGCACCUUCUCAGAGGGCUUCUAUAACGGGACAUCCACCAUCACCGCCAUCAUCAACACCGCAAAAGUUCUAGGAUUUAUGGGUUUUGUUCUGGUUGCAAAUCCAAACUAUGGUGAUUUCAUUGCAGAACCUAUUCCUUUUGGUGUUUCUGGUAUUAUGGUCUCAAACGUAACCAAUGUCCAGGUUAUUCUACAAUAUUAUGAACAAGAAACUUGCAAGGAGGAGAAAGGAUUUGCUACUAGGUUUGCAGCAAAAGCAGCUAUUGGAGAAGGAAGAGUUGCUUCUUUCACGGGCCAUGCACCCGUUGUAAGCAGAUUAUCUUCAAGGGGACCAGAUUUCAUAAACAGCUCCAGAACUCCCUGUGAUGUACUAAAGCCUGAUAUCCUUGCCCCAGGGCACCAAAUAUGGGCAGCUUGGAGCCCCAUCAGCGCCUUAGAACCCACAUUAACAGGAUACAAUUUUGCACUACUAUCUGGUACAAGCAUGGCAACACCUCAUGUGGCCGGCAUAGCAGCACUUAUCAAGCAGUACAAACCUUCAUGGACUCCAUCCAUGAUUGCAUCUGCAAUUUCCACCACUGCCACAAAGUAUGACGGUGACGGAGAAUUUAUAAUGGCUGAAGGAUCCGAUAUAGGCAGUUCAUAUCCCUCCACCCCUUUCGAUUUCGGAGCUGGCUUUGUCAGUCCUAGUCGUGCAAUGGACCCCGGUCUAGUCUUGUCUUCUGGAUAUGAAGAUUAUCUCAGUUUCUUGUGUUCAUUACCUGAGAUCAAUCCAGCUACAAUUAGAAAUGCCACUGGAGAAUUGUGCAACAACACACUUGACCAUCCAGCCAAUCUGAACCUUCCUUCAGUAACAUUAUCAGCAUUGAAGGGGUCUCAAAUCGUUCGACGGACUUUCACAAACGUAGGGAGCAAGCCAGAGACUUACCUUUGCUCUGCUUUGUCACCUAAUGGAACAAUAGUAGACCUGUGUCCAACUUGGUUUAGAAUUGCUCCACAAGGCAGCCAAGAGCUACAUAUACAAGUUAAAGUGGCACAAGCAAUGGAUGGCUUUACAUUUGGCGAAAUUGUUCUUACAGGAAGUUUAAAUCAUAUUGUGAGGAUACCCUUAUCAGUUUUCCCCGUUUCGACAUCAAACACAUGA